ACGCAAUGGCCCUCAAGCGCAUCAACAAGGAGCUCCUCGAUCUCGGCCGCGACCCGCCGUCGUCGUGCUCGGCGGGCCCGACCGGCGACAACCUGUUCAGCUGGCAGGCGACCAUCAUGGGGCCGAGCGACUCGCCCUACUCGGGCGGCGUCUUCUUCCUCACGAUCACGUUCCCGACCGACUACCCGUUCAAGCCGCCCAAGGUCGCCUUCACGACCAAGAUCUACCACCCGAAUAUCAACGCCAACGGCUCGAUCUGCCUCGACAUCCUCCGCGAGCAGUGGUCGCCCGCGCUCACCAUCUCGAAGGUCCUCCUCUCGAUCUGCUCGCUCCUGACCGACCCGAACCCGGACGACCCCCUCGUGCCCGAGAUUGCCAACCUGUACAAGACGGACCGCGCGCGGUACGAGUCGACGGCGCGGGAGUGGACGAGGAAGUACGCCACCUAAACGCUCGACUCGAACGGUGCCGAGGCGACGGACGGCGUGGAGGAGUGGCAGGUUCUCUUCGAGGGCGACCGCGGGCGACCAGUUGCCGGGGCGUGAGGAGGCGAGACGGGGCGGCGGGUUCCUCGGACCUCGUCGCUCGCUCUCGCUCUCUCUCUCUCUCGCUCUCGGUGCUGCCGCUUCGCUGGCGGUCCCUCGUGCGCUUUGUCGUAUCUGUGUCUCCCGAAUCCAGUACCUUUUCUCUCUUC